UGCAAGAUCGAUAAGACACAAGGUCGAGUUAACUUUUUCAUUGCAGUUUAGAAUCAUAGAUGAAUUUGUUAGCAUAAAUAGAAUAUCUAGACUUUUUUACACAAGAAAUUAUACGAAGAAUUAAAAAAAAAAGUUGUAUUUAAUAUAAUUAGAGAAUACAAUAAACGUUUUGGAAAUGUUAAUUUGCGUAUACAAAACCUGGACGCCUUGGUAUCUCGAUGGCCAUGACAGAUAAAGAAAAAUCAAUUAAACAAUAAAAAUAAAUCGUAAUUAUGCUUCAGUACGACAUCGGGCUUAUCUUUUAUUGUCAUAUUAAAUGUGAUUACUACGAAAACAUUAAUUUGUGAGAAGCUCUCAUACCAACAUCGUUGCCGCUAAGGAAAAAUCGUCAUCAACCUGAUCGCUAUUUACCAGUCAUAUACAGAAGUUAAUAAUGAUAAUACGUUGUGCGAAAAAUGUGAAAUUAUAAAUACAAAAGUGUGUGUAUAAAACAAAUGGUUGGAUUGGAAGUAAUGCCGUAUGUUAUUUCGUCUAAAUCGAAUUCUAAUUUCCAAGAUGGCGGCCUCGAAGUGCAUAACAAACAAAUUCAUCAGGUGGAGUGUGUUAGUUUAUCCACAACGGAAGAAUCGUUUAGAGAAGAAGACGAAAGUGACGAUGAAUACGAUAACGCCGUUGUCGUCAAGGACGAAUUAAACGUACCCAAUUUCGGUAGUGUAAACGUAGUGAAUUCGAAUGACGUACAUUUCGGUAAUAAAACAGUUUACAAAGGACCAGUCACUAUAAAACAAUUCGUCUAUCCCAAAAGUGAUUUAAACAACGAUGUUAUUGGUUUAAACGGUAUCUUACAAACGGAUUGCGGUGUUGCCAAUGAAGCUUUCCAAAAUGAUCGAGAAGUCUCGACGUCGGAACGUAAAUUACAGGAGAGAGUACAAGAGAAUGAAAUUACAGCUACGAGUCGUUUAAAUAAAGGUGCGGAAUGGAUUAAAACGUUUCCCAAAAACACUAUUUUCUUUACGGUACUCAUAUUGGUGUCCAUUACAAUAAUUUCAGCUAUCCUAAUAUGGAAAUAUCAAGUAAAAUCUAUUCCUUUAGAUAAUAGAGUUAACGUUGUGGAAGAAGAAGACAAAGAUCAACCAAUCGAUUACCAAUCAGACGGAUACGCGGCCAUAAGUAAAAAAGUCCGAAUAGUUUCCCGACUGGGGUGGUUGGCGCAACCCCCUUCUGUACCCAUAGAUAAACUAACCACACCGGUCUCGUUGAUCAUUAUCCAACAUACGGCCACCGAAUCUUGUAGUUCUCAAGCCCAGUGCGUUUUCCAGACGCGUACGAUACAAACUUUCCACAUGGAAAGCAAAUCCUGGAGCGAUAUAGCCUACAAUUUCCUCAUAGGCGGCGACGGGGCCGUUUACGAAGGCAGAGGUUGGACUAAAGUUGGAGCUCAUACGUACGCUUACAAUUCCAUCAGUCUCGGUAUCGGAUUCAUCGGUACUUUCAACGCGGAAGUACCCAAUGAAAAAAUGAUAAACGCUUUCAAUAAUCUAGCCGAUUUGGGAGUCAGAUUGGGAUACUUAACGAAGAAUUACAAAAUAUUGGCUGCUAGGCAGCUUUCUGGAACGGAAAGUCCUGGAAAGGCGUUUUACGACGUCAUCAAGACUUGGACACAUUGGACUAAUAAACUGAGUUGAACACAAUUGGACAAAUUAUGAAAAAUAUCUCGAUAUUCGCGAAUAUAAAGUGUAAAAUGAUUUAUUUUUGAAUCAAAUAAAUGAAUAAUCGAAAA